AUGAACUGCCAGAUGAGCGAUGUGACAGUGACAUUUCGCGAUGGGCGAACUCACCAUUUGGAUAAUGUGUUUAUUCGGGGAUCGAAAGUCCGCUUUAUGAUUCUACCGGAUAUGCUGAAGAAUGCUCCAAUGUUCAAAAACAUUGGUCGGGCGCAAAAAGGAGCUGUUGGUAUGGGAAUGGGCGACAAUCGCGAUGGACGUGGUCUUCGAGGGCGAGGAACGGCUUUUCGAGGGCGUGCAAAUGCUCCACGUGGUAGUCAGCGUGGCCCGGGCGGAGUCCCGCGCCCACAGUUCAGAGGAUGA